AGAAUCUUGGGAACACUGACUCUUCUGGGUAACAUAACUAAAAAGGCGCAAAAUACACCCAAUAAUUACUUCUCUUACAUUUUCCCUCACAGAAAAGCGGACUGCGCUUGAGACACAGAUGAUAUAGAGGUCCCCUUACCUUGAGCUUAACUACUAUUUAAAAUAGGUGGCUAAGAUCAACAACUUGUUUAAAAUCAAACUCAAGAUCAUUUUCGAGCAAAUGAUCUUUUACUGUUUUAAAAAUCACAUCUCCCAAAAGGCUAGAGUUAUUAUUAGUGACGGCACAUAAAUAGUUUUAUCACAUCUCCAAUAGGUCAUUUUUCGAAUGUUCCUUAUUAUUCUAAUUAAUACAAUAUAAUAAUCCUAAUUCAAAAAUAAAUAAAUAAACUAUUACUAUAAUAUAACCAUCCUAAUUCAAAAAUAAAUAAAUAAACUGUUAGAAUAUUGGUUUAUGGGUGAGUGUGUAUGAGCUGUGUGUGAGUGUGUAUGAGUGUGUAUGAGUUGUGUGUGAGUUGUAUUAAGUGGGUUACAACUAGAGAGCACUCUCUCUAGUUGUAUAAAUGUAAGCUUAAGAGUAGAAAUGAAAUAAGUCUUUGAGAAACAUUUUUUCUCUCUUUUAGAUCUCAAGUUGGUAUCAGAGCGGGUUCAUCCUGCUCUGGUUUCCGUGUGUUGUUCACCAGCACGGUCACUGCUGGUCGCACCUGUCCGGUGUCGUUCGUCGUUGUCUGCGGCUGUCUCGCCACUAUUUGCAGCUGUCAACUGCAAUUUCAAGUUUUUCAACUUGGCCGCCAUCCUGGUAUCUGUCCGCUACCGUCUGCCGCUAUCCGCCGCCGUCCGCCGCCGACCGCCGCCGUCCGCCGCCACUGUUCCGCCCGGCGACCACUGGAUCUGGUUCGCCUCUUCACGCGACAGCCAACCAUGCCGGUGGGUUCGCCUGAUUCUCCUCCACGCUCCGUCACGCGCCACCUCUUUGCGCGCUGCGAAUAGGCGCGUGCUGUCCACGCGCCGCCCUCUGCUCACCAGAAAGUUUCCGCGCCACCUCCAUAGCCGUCGCCCUCAGCUCCUCUGUCCAUUUUGACCCUCAAAAUCUUACUUUGGUGGGUCCAGAAGCUCCCUUUUAAGAAAACCUUAAGAAACCCUCUAGGGUUUUCUGGUCCUUCACGGAUUUUCUGAUUCCCUCUCCUGUUUUUAUCAAAGAAUGGCAUCUGGAAGUGUUCUUUCUUUCUCUGGAAGUCCCUCAAUCACUUCCGAAAAGCUAAAUGGAAAGAAUUAUAUGUCUUGGUCUGCUGCUGUAGAAAUGUGGUUCCUUGGUCAAGGACGUUAUGACCACCUUGAGCAGGAUGGGAGUCAAGUACCUUCUGACAUAGCUGAACAAUGGAAACAAGCUGAUUUUCAAUUGUGUGCCCUCUUGUGGCAAUCUGUGGAACCCCGACUUUUGAUAUCUCUUAGAGCCUUCAAGACAUGUCACACUUUUUGGAAGAAAGCUCAAAGCAUUUAUGCUAAUGAUAUUCAACGUCUCUAUGAUACCGCAAACAAGCUCGCCUGUCUCAAAAUGACAGACCAUGAUAUGGUCUCCUUCAUGACUGAAGCCCAAGCAGCUGUGGAAGAAUUGAGAAUGUUCUUGGAAGUGGAAUCUUCGGAAGAUAUCAAAAAGAAGCUUGACAAGUAUUAUAUGGUGAUGAUCCUCCGUGCUUUGCAUCCAGAUUUGAAUCACAUCAGAGAUCAACUUCUGACAAGUCAUGAAGUCCCUUCUAUGGAAGCCUUAACCACAUGUCUUCUUCGUGUUCCUGUGCCUCAGUCUCAAGAAGCUCAUGAAACAAUAGCACCAUCUCUCAUGGUUGCCACGCGAGGAAGAGGAGGACGUGGAACUAGAGGAGGAGGACGUGGAGGUCGGGGAAAUCAACAGUGCUCUUACUGUAAGAGGAUGGGUCACAUCCGAGAAAACUGCUACUCCUUGCAUGGCUUUCCUUCAAAAACUGCCAAUAUAUCUCAGGCUGAAACUUCCACUUCCAACUCCAAGUUUACUGAGGAAGAGUAUCAAGAGUAUCUGCGCUUAAAGUCUAACAGCUUGGCACAAUCAUCUCAGUCCUCAAGUACGUCCACAGCUUGCAUUUCUCAAUCCAUGGCAGGUCCAAAUUCAUGGGUAAUUGACUCGGGUGCUUCUGAUCACAUUUCUGGAGCGUGGCUCGGGGAGACAGAUUGGAGAAGGAUAUGAAGCUGGAGGUUUAUACCAUUUUGGAUUUCGUCCACGGGUAUCUUGUGUUGCUGCUCUUCCCCCUAAAGUGUUACAUGAUCGGUUUGGCCAUCCUAACUUGUCAAAAUUAAAAAAGAUGUGUCCUGAACUUAGUGGUCUUCAGACCUUAGAAUGUGAGCCCUGUCAACUAGGAAAACAUGUUAGAUCUGUCUUCCCUAAAAGAUCUCAAUCAAUGUGUACUUCUAGUUUUUCUAUUAUUCAUUCUGAUGUCUGGGGACCUAGUCGCGUCUCUUCUUUUGGUUUUCGGUAUUUUGUUACCUUUAUUGAUGAGUAUUCUAGAUGUACUUGGGUUUAUCUGAUGAAAGAUCGCUCUGAAUUGUUAACCAUUUUCACAUCCUUUUUGAAUGAAAUCAAGAACCAAUUUGGUCAAGUAA